AUGGAGCGCACUGGUGAGGAAAGGAGACUAGAUGCUUCAGAAAAACGUCAAGAGCAUUGGCGACGCUUUGGACCGUAUCUAAGCGAGCGACAGUGGGCUACUGUCAGAGAGGACUACAGCUACAAUGGCGAUGUUUGGAGGAGCUUCCCGUUCGAGAUCUCACACUUGAGAGCUUAUCGAUGGGGAGAAGAUGGCAUAGCAGGCAUAUCAGACAAUCACCAAAGGAUAUGCAUGUCUUUGGCGUUAUGGAAUGGCAAAGAUUCGAUUUUGAAGGAGAGAUUGUUUGGUCUUACUGGUCCGCAAGGCAAUCACGGUGAAGAUGUAAAAGAAUCGUACUUUUACGUGGACAAUACGCCGACGCAUAGCUACCAGAAAUAUCUUUAUAAAUAUCCACAGAAACGAUUCCCGUAUGAACAACUCGUGUCGGAAAAUGCAAAACGUUCUCGUAAUGAACGUGAAUAUGAACUUCACCACACCGGUGUAUUUGACGCAGGAGACUAUUUUGACGCUUUUGUCGAAUACGCCAAAGCAUCAACGGACGAUAUAUUGAUGAAGAUCACCAUACAUAAUCGUGGUGACGAAGAUGCAGACAUCCACGUCUUGCCUCACGUGUGGUAUCGGAAUGUAUGGUCUUGGAAGGAUCCAAGUAUGAAAGAUUUCAUACGGCCUCGAAUGGAGGAACGUCCAGCAGUAAAUGGUAACAAGUCUGUACACUUACAGUACCCUCAUUUCGAUCAACAUGUACAUUUUGCACCGUUGGAUAACGGAGUGCAACCUGAGUUGCUGUUUUGUGAGAACGAAACGAACUAUGAGAAACUGUAUGGUGGAAACAACCAGUCUCCGUAUUGUAAAGAUGCCAUAAACGAACGUGUAGUACAUGAUAAUGGCAAUGCCGUCAAUCCAAACAAGUUUGGGACCAAAUGUGCAGCAUGGUAUAAAGCUACUGUCCCAAAAGGUCAGGCAAUCACCAUCCGCGUACUGCUGACACCAUCUCGUGACGACGCUGGAAUGCUACGUCCCAAAGCCUUUGAAGAUAUGUUUACAAAGAGGAUCAAAGAAGCCGAUGAAUUCUACGAACGUAUUGCGCCACAACACUUGUCGAACGAAAUGAGAAGUGUGCAACGACAAGCCUUUGCAGGAUUGCUAUGGAGCAAGCAAUUCUAUCAUUAUAAUGUGGAGGAAUGGCUCAACGGUGAUCCUGGACAACCAAUGCCACCGAAAGAACGAAAAUAUGGUCGAAACAAGGACUGGCGACACGUUGUUAUUGAUGAUAUCUUACUCAUGCCUGAUAAAUGGGAAUACCCGUUCUUUGCUAACUGGGAUUCUGGGUUUCAUGCUGUCAUUAUGGCCAUGGUUGAUCCAUGGUUUGCAAAGAAGCAGUUGGAGUUGAUGACGAGAGAGUGGUAUUUGCAUCCAAAUGGCCAGAUGCCAGCUUACGAAUGGAACUUCAAUGACCUCAAUCCGCCAGUUUAUGGAUGGGCAGCGUUCCGAGUCUUCAAGAUUGAGAGAAAAAUGUAUGGAAAAGAGGAUCGAGUCUUCUUGGAACGAGUCUUCCACAAGUUGCUGCUGAAUUUCACCUAUUGGAUCAACAAGAAAGAUCCCGCGGGACUCAAUGUCUUUGAAGGUGGUUUUCUUGGACUCGACAACAUUGCCGUCUUCAAUCGCUCAGAAGCCUUGCCAGUCAAUGCCUCGCUACGACAAUCAGAUGGAACGAGUUGGAUGGCCAUGUACUGUCUCAACAUGCUUGAGAUUUCACUCAAGUUGGCUGAAGAGAAUCCAGUUUAUGAGGAUAUGGCUUCCAAGUUCUUUGAGCACUUCUUGUACAUCAGUAAAGCGAUGAACUUUGAAACGUUUCCAGACUCUGAUAAUCCAGAGAGCAAUUCGUUGUGGGACGAAGAAGAUGGUUUCUAUUAUGAUGCUCUCGUAUCUACAGAUCAGAAAAUCACUCCGUUGAAAGUUCGUUCUUUGGUCGGAUUAAUACCUUUGUACCCAUGUCUAGUACUUGAACCAGAAGUGUUGACUAGAUUUACUGGGUUUUCCACUCGUAUGAAAUGGUUUUUGGAACACUGGGACUUUUCGAAACGAAAUGUUGUGAUCACAACUGAAAACGGACAGGCAAAUCGUGUAUUACUUGCUCUUGUGGAUCGUGAAAAGCUCGUACGAAUCUGCAACAAGAUGUUUGAUGAGCAAGAGUUCUUGAGUAAACAUGGUAUUCGAAGCUUGUCUUUGUACCAUGACAAGAAUCCGUAUACAUUCUGGGUGGAUUCAACCCCUCAUACGGUGAAAUAUGUGCCUGGUGAAUCUGAUAGUGCUCUCUUUGGUGGAAACUCAAACUGGCGAGGUCCUCUAUGGCUCCCUACUACCUUUUUGCUGAUAGAGAGUUUGCAGAGAUUUCAUCAUUUCUAUGGCGAAUCAGUCCAAGUGGAAGUCCCAUCAGGCUCUGGAUUUAAAUUCGAUCUUUGGCAAGCAUCGCAAGACAUUCAGCAUCGAAUCAUACGUCUGUUCCUUCACAACAAGGAAGGACGAAGGCCAGUUAAUGCUGAUUGUGACGUGAUGAAUUUCGAUCCGCACUUUUCGGAAUAUGUGCAGUUUUGGGAGUACUUUCAUGGUGAAACUGGUGAAGGGCUUGGAGCGUCUCAUCAAACAGGAUGGUCAAGUCUUGUGGCGAAAUGUAUCCAGCAAGUUGGCAUAACUUGUGAUACGACUGGCUAUUGUAUGCCAGAACAGUCUCCUCAUUGGGACGAAUACAUCAAGAAGAAACGUGAAGCUGCAAUUGCACUUCACGAAAAAGAGCACUUGCAAUAUACGAAAUGA